AUGGCCGACCACCCCCACCAGCUAGGCGCCGACCACCUCGAGGUGGACUACGAGGCGCUCCCGCAGGACGCCAGCAUAUUGGCACACCUCUCCGCCGGCGCGUUCGCCGGCAUCAUGGAGCACACCGUCAUGUACCCCGUGGACCUGAUCAAAACGCGCAUGCAAAUGCUCGCGGCCGGCCAGCCCGCCAGCCGGCUGGUCAUCGCCGCCAUCUCGCGCGUGGCGUCCGGCGAGGGCGCGUACGCGUUGUGGCGCGGCGUGUCGUCCGUGGUGUUGGGCGCCGGCCCGGCGCACGCCGUGUACUUCUCCGCGUUCGAGGCGCUGAAGACGUUCUUGGUCGCCCGGUUCCUGGCGCCCGGCCGCAGCGCCACCAGCAAGUGGGUCACGGACGAGAGCCACCCGUUGAUCGCGGCCGGCGCGGGCAUUGCCGCCACCACCGCGUCCGACGCGUUGAUGACGCCGUUCGACGUCUUGAAGCAGCGCAUGCAAGUGCUGGAGGCGCCGGCCGCCGGCACCCGCCUCUGGCGCACCGCGGCGGCCGUGUACCGCCUCGAGGGCGUGCGUGCGUUCUACCUCCUGUACCCGACCACGUUGUUCACCAACAUCCCGUUUGCGGCGUUGAACUUCGGCUUCUACGAGUACUCGUCCGCGCUCUUGAACCCGGCGCACACGUACAACCCGUACUACCACUGCGUGGCGGGCGGCAUCGCCGGCGGCAUCGCCGCGGCCUUGACCAACCCGUUGGACUGCAUCAAGACCGCCUUGCAGACCCGCGGCGUGUCCACCAACGCCCACAUGCGCACGGUCGACGGCUUUGCCAGCGCGGCCCGCGUGAUGUACCAGCAGGGCGGCGCCGCCGCGUUCACGCGCGGCUGGAGGCCGCGCAUCAUCUUCAACGUGCCGAGCACGGCCAUUUCCUGGACGGCCUACGAGAUGGCCAAGGAGCUCUUGUUGCGCGACUAG